GCCGUCUGCUUCUGGCCUCCAGGUUCACCUUGCUUGAUCCUCUUCACCGACACGUGGUAAUCGCUCCUUAGCUGACCAAAUGUGUAAACAAAUAUAGUGUCAACUAUCACGUGGUCACUCAGGUUGCUAUAUAAGCUAACCUUCAAGAAGUUAUACGUCUUGGAAACUUUGACUUUGUUUUGCCGAUUUUCCUAAAAUGUCAGCAGUUUUCGACCCUACAGAACAUCCGCAUAUUCGCUUCAACCCUUUAAAAGAUGACUGGGUCUUAGUGUCACCGCAUCGGGCGAAACGCCCUUGGCAGGGGCAAGUAGAAAAGAAAGAAGAAGAAACUAUUCCAAGAUUCGACCCCAAAAAUCCGUUAUGCCCAGGAGCGACGAGGGCGGGCAGCAAGGUAAAUCCUGAUUACAAAGGAACCUUUUUGUUUACCAAUGACUUUCCGGCUAUCUUAGAGGACACACCUGCACCAGCAGUCAGUGAUGACCCCUUGUUUCAAAGUGCUGCAGCACAAGGUACCUGCAAAGUCAUGUGUUUUCAUCCUUGGUCGGACAUAACACUUCCACUCAUGGAGAUCAAAGACAUCAAAGCUGUUGUGGAUGCUUGGGCAGACCUGAAUGCUGAUCUGGGUCAGAAGUAUGCUUGGGUUCAGAUCUUUGAAAAUCGUGGCAGCAUAAUGGGAUGCUCAAAUCCCCACCCUCACUGUCAGGUGUGGGCCAGCUCAUUUAUACCAAAUGAACCUGCAGUAAAGCAAAAGUCACAAAAGGCUUAUUUUGAAAAGUACAAGAAGCCAUUGCUUAUAGACUACUUGCAGAAAGAGCUUCAGAAGAAAGAACGUAUUGUACUAGAGACAAAACACUGGGUUUGGUUAGUGCCAUACUGGGCUACUUGGCCUUACGAGACUAUGCUGUUGCCACGGAGACAUGUGCUUCGCCUGCAGGAUCUCACACAUGAAGAAAGGGAAGAUUUAGCUCUAAUAAUGAAGAAGCUGCUGACAAAGUAUGACAACUUGUUUGAAAUCUCCUUUCCAUAUUCAAUGGGUUGGCAUGGAGCCCCAACAGCAGAAUGGCUGAGUAAGGACUGCCAGCACUGGCAGCUGCAUGCCUUGUAUUAUCCUCCACUUCUGCGCUCAGCAACCAUAAAAAAAUUCAUGGUUGGCUAUGAAAUGUUAGCGCAGUCUCAGAGAGACCUCACACCUGAACAAGCAGCAGACAAGCUUCGGGGUCUACCUGAUGUUCAUUAUAAGGAGAGGAAAUAGCUGUUUCAAGGAUAGGUUGUUGCCAGUGGCCUAUUCAUCAUUUUCUCAGGAAAAGUACUUUAUCACUCAACCAGAGUGGAAAUGGAUGUGUUUGCAGAGAAUAACAUUCAGAUCAAGAAUCUUUGGCCAGAUUACCGUUGUGCCAAAUCUUGUUACUUAAGUGCCUUAUGGUUGCCCUUGUGUUGUGACCUGAAAACUAGGGUUUGUACUGUCACAUGUUUGUACUGUGAAUGCAGAAAUGUUUUUCUGGUUUAAAAAUUGUUAGCCAAUAAGUGGCAUCAGUGUGUUAAAGCGUAUUUAGUCUGAAAUGUACUUUUGUAUUUCAUGAGUAUAACUGCAAUAUGAAUGAUAACAUGAAUGAUAAUAUGAAUGUGUUUAGUAGAGUCUGUUUAUGUAUUCAUCUACCACUUAUUUUAUGUGUGACACUUUUUUUUGUCUGUUACUCAUAUUAUAAAUGAAUCUCAAAGCAAGAGCAUUAGAUGUGGAAGUAUAGAACUGAGUGAAUAUAUUGGCAUGCUUCCAGAGUGCUUUCAUAUUACAUUAUUGCACAUUUUGUACAAAUACCCUUUGAAUGCAUUAACUUCAACACCUAAUGGCAUAGUGCUGACUAGUGCACAGGAUGUGUAAUGGUGCAAAGAUAACAUCAGGUAGACGACUAUUUACUUGGGUUGGUAGGAGUUAUUGGUAGGGGGAUUGGAUUGCGAUAGCAAGCCAAAAUAUUUUUAUAAUUAAUGCAUUUUACCCGGAAUUUUUUUUAAUUAAUCCUGAAUUUUUUCCCAGAUACUGAUGUUUUAUAAAGAUGUGUUUGUGUGUAUCAAAAUUGCUUACCAUUAAGACUCCAGUUUAUGGCUCUCCCUCAUGUCCGUGGCAUUCUCACCACUGCCUACUACCAAUGUAGGUUACUGUUUAUGGCUUCUCCUACAAACAGUGCUGGGCUGGGGCGUUUUAGGCCACAACACUUCAUUUUGCAUCUUACCUACCCUUUUAUGUUUUUCUUGUUCCUUGUGUUGGUUUUUAUUGUUAAGGAUGUUGUUAUAUUAUCUGGGGGUUUCUCUACCUCUUAAUGUAUCAUAAUCUUAUCUCGCCGUGAUAUAGCCUAAGUUGCUGGGACAGCGUAAAACACAACCAACCAAUUUACUGUGCUGGGUAAAUCAGUACGCCACUCUGUUUAUGUCCUGUAUCAUGGUACAGCUGAAGUGGGUUGGCAAUGUGACCAGCGACAUCAAGGACUUUCUACGCUACACAAUGUGGAAACAUUUGGCUUUUAGGUUUUUUUAAAAAUUACUCUUUUUGUUCUUGGAUCUUAUUUUGGGAGAUGACCAUGGGGCAUAUUUACAUAAAAAGGCUAAUAAUAUUUUCAGAACAUUUUUAUACCAUCUGGUCUUUAGAGUAUUAUCUACAUUAUUUGGAGACAGCUUGCAUAUGAGUAAUAGAUUAUUUUUGCUCUGGGUGAUGAAGAACCUGAGACUAGCCUUCUGCCUUGUUGUGUCAUCUUAUUGUGUUCUGAAGGUUAAUAUAUAAUUAAGGAAUUUCUUACCAUUUAUGAUUUUCAUGUGUAUUUGUGCAUAUUUCAAAUAUUAAGUUUAUAUUAAUAUGUGUAUCAAAUUUUGUAUGUCUCCAUACUAUUGUAACAAACAUGGGAAAAUCAGGGUUUUAGACAUUUCUAUCACUAGAUGGGUGUGGAUGGUAUCCUCAACAAGCAGGACACAGGGAUACAUAAGUGUGCAAGUUUAAGAUGUGCUUUUGAUGUUACAUUGCCAGAUGACAGCCUCUAUUUUGUUAAAGCCUUGGCCUGUUGUAGUAAUAAAAUUUGAUUCAUAUUUUAUGGUUAGGGAAAAGACUAACAGCUAUGGGAGGCUUCAUAGCAUUGUGAUCUCUCACUGGUUCUAGUCCGGCUUAGAUUGUUUUCUCUGCCCAAUUAAUUGCAAGGGGAAACAAUUUAUCACGGAAGAUAAAAGCCUGUGGGGAUCCACCCUUCCACAAUCUAUACCCUAGACAGAGUAAAUUACUUAAAGAUCAUUGCUCGAGACAAAGUAAAUCCAUUCCUAAAUCAAGCAAACAAAAUAUAGAUCACUCUGUGGAGUGUUCAAGUAAAAUAUAGAUCACUCCACAAUCCAUGCCCUGGACCAAGUAAACUACUUAUAGGUCUUUGCCAGUGUGGCCAGUAGGCUAUGAAGCCUUUUCCAUUUUAAGUGUUUUCCUUUUCAUCUUUGCUUGAAUUUUUCUUUAUUUUUACUGUAGUUUCAAAGGAAAUUUUGAAAUGUUUCUUUUAUACUGUAUAAUUAGCCUAACAAUGAUUACAUGUAUGUUCUUAAUAUAAAGCUUACUUUUUAACUUGUA